UCUGUCGGAACCACAAGGUCGGUUGUCGUGCUGUUUGGGUGCAGCGGCUGUAAAAAUGGCAGCUGAUACAGGGAGAUACAAAAGUGCUGUGGGUAAAAGCAAGGAUCCUUCGGGAUUGCUCAUCUCCGUUAUCAGGACCCUGUCGAGCAGCGAUGACGUCCACGACCGGGAGACCGAGAAGGGGCGGCUGGAGGAGGCGUACGAGAACUGCGACCGCGCCCUGGACGAGCAGAUCGUCCAGCACUACACCGAGCUGACCACCGCCAUCCGCACCUACCAGAGCAUCACCGAGCGCAUCACCAGCUCCCGAAACAAGAUCAAGCAGGUGAAGGAGAACCUGCUGUCCUGUAAGAUGUUGCUCCACUGUAAGCGGGACGAGCUGAGGAAGCUGUGGAUCGAGGGCAUCGAGCACAAGCACGUGCUCAACCUGCUGGACGAGAUCGAGAACAUCAAGCAGGUCCCGCAGAAGCUGGAGGCCUGCAUGUCCAGCAAGCACUACCUGCAUGCCACUGACAUGCUGGUCUCCGCGGUGGAGUCGCUGGAGGGCCCCCUCCUGCAGGUGGAAGGACUGAGCGACCUGCGUCUGGAGCUCCACAGCAAGAAGCUCAACAUCCACGUGGUGCUGAUCGACGAGCUGCACCGCCACCUCUACAUCAAAUCCACCAGCCGCGUGGGCCACAAGGGCAAGGACAAGGACCGAGGCCGGCACGUAGGCUCGGGGGCCAAGGAGACGGCGGCCCUCCCCCUGCUGGACGUGGGCACCCUCUCCACCCCCCCUCGCAAGUUCACCGACUCCUCCCAGUUCAGCACCCCCGGGAGCUCCAGCAUGCGGGAGCUGCAUGAGAUGAGGGAGGACCUGGAGGUGGACCCGGAGGAGAACAGCGGGGAGUUCAUGGGCAUCCUCAUCAAGGGCCUGGCCAAGCUGAAGAAGAUUCCGGAAACCAUCAAAGCCAUCCUGGAGCGCCUGGAGCCCGAGCUGAAGCAGAUCGUCAAGAGGUCCACCACUCAGAUCGCCGACCACGCCUACCAGCGAGGGGAAAGCCUGUCCCAGGAUAACCAGCCCAGGCUGCUGCUGGAGCUGCUGGAGCUGCUGUUCGACAAGUUCAACGCGGUGGCGAGCGCCCACAGUGUGGUCCUGGGCCACCUGCAGAAGAUCGUGGUGUCCCCCACCGGGCCCCGGGAGGGCAUCAAGCUGUACGAGCAGGCGGAUGUGUCCGCCAAGAUCCAGGCCGUCCUCCAGGUGCUGCUGAUGGACUACCUGGACGUGAAGAACACGCGCAGCGCGGCCGAGCCCUCGGCCCAGCUCUCCUACGCCAGCAGCGCCAGCGACUUCGGCGCCUUCUUCGCCAAGAAGAGGCCGCAGCGCCCCAAACAGUCCCUCUUCAAGUUCGAGUCCUCGUCCCACGCCAUCAGCAUGAGCGCCUACCUGCGGGAGCAGAGGAGAGAGCUCUACAGCAAGAGCGGAGAGCUGCAGGGGGGGGCCGACGACAACCUGAUGGAGGGCGGGGAGAUGAAGUUUGUGUGCAAGCCGGGAGCGCGGAACAUCACCGUCAUCUUCCAGCCCCUGCUCAGGUUCAUCCAGGAGAUCGAGCUGAACAUGGGUCCCGGCCAGGCCAAGCAGUGCCAGCUGCGGUCCUUCCUCACCUACUACAUCAACGACCUCUUCCUCAACCAGGUCCGCACCGAGAUCAACAAGGAGAUCGAGGGCGUCACCAAGGUGUCCGACCCCCUCAAGAUCCUGGCCAGCGCCGACACCAUGAAGGUGCUGGGGGUGCAGCGCCCCCUGCUGCAGAGCACUGUGGUUGUGGAGAAGUCCAUUCAGGACCUGAUGACCUUGAUGCAGGACCUCAGCUCUUACUCCAACCAGUUCCUGGAGAUGGUGUGCGACAAACUGAAGGAUUACAAGGAGAUCUGCAACACCGCCUACAGAGGGAUCGUCCAAUCGGAAGAGAAGCUGACCAUCAGCGCGUCCUGGUCCAAGGACGAGGACAUCAGCCGCCUCCUGCAGUCCCUGCCCAACUGGGCCAGCAUGGCCACGCCCCGGGCCCUGAGGCAGAAGAGGGAGGAUGAAGAGGACUUUACCAGGGCGGCCUUCGCCAAGGAGUCGGAGGUGCUGACGGGUAACCUAGGAGACAAGCUGAUCCCCCAGAACGAAAUCCUGCGGGACGUGAGCGACCUGAAGGCCCUGGCCAACCUGCAGGAGAGCAUGGAGUGGCUGGCGGGGAGGCUCAAGGGCUUCUUUUCCAGCCUGCCCCAGGCCCAAAAUGCGUCCCCGGGCUCGGACGCGCAUGCGACCAGCGAGAACACGCGCAGCCGCGAGCAGAUCCUGCAGACGCUGAACGACCUCUCCAGGGCCUUCCAGGACAUCGCCGACCGCUGCCUGCUGGUGCUGCACCUGGAGGUCAGGGUGCACUGCUUCCACUAUCUCAUCCCUCUGGCCAAGCAGGGGAACUACGCCAUUGUAGCCAAUGUGGAGAGCAUGGACUACGACCCCCUGGUGGUGAAGCUGAACAAAGACAUCAGCGCCAUUGAGGAGGUCAUGGGGGCCGCCCUGCAGCAGCACAAGUUCCAGUACAUCUUUGAAGGUCUGGGUCACCUCAUCUCCUGCAUCCUGAUAAAUGGGGCUCAGUACUUUAAGCGGAUCAGCGAGUCUGGGAUUAAGAAGAUGUGCCGGAACAUCUUCGUGCUCCAGCAGAACCUCACCAACAUCACCAUGUCUCGCGAGGCCGACCUGGACUUCGCCCGGCAGUACUACGAGAUGCUGUACAACAGUGCGGACGAGCUGCUGAACCUGGUGGUGGACCAGGGGGUGCGGUACACGGAGCUGGAGUACAUCAACGCGCUGAGCCUGCUGCACCGCAGCCAGACGGGCGUGGGGGACCAGACGGUGCAGAACGUGCGGCUGCAGCGCCUCAAGGAGAUCAUCUGCGAGCAGGCCGCCAUCAAGCAGGCCACCAAGGACAAGAAGAUCACCACCGUCUGACGCCGUCGCUGUCGCCCUCCCCCCGGCCUCCGCCAAAAUCGCUACAGAGCAGCCCCUCUUUACAUCAUUACUGUACAAGCCCCAGAUCACCACCGUCUGAAGCCCGUCCCUCUCCCCACCCCGGCCUUCGCCAAAAUGGCUGCCCCUCUUUACAUCUUUACAAGCCCCAGGUCUCCAGUGUUUGACUCUGCGGCUCUCUCCUCACCCCUCUGCACCUCCUCACCUCCUGCACCUCCUCCAGUGCCCCGGGUUACUAUAGAAAAUCCCUCUUUACUUUAUGACAAGCUCCAGAUCAUCAGUGUCUGACACCGCCUGUCCCUGUAAUCCCCGAGUCCUGCCCAGAGUCUGAAAUCACCACCGUCUGAAACCCACACCCCCCCCCCA